AUGACUUUUCGCGGUCAUUACCGUUAUUCCGGUUAUGGUUACGGGCUGUACACGCUGAACAGUGACACGGCGACGACGACAACGACGACCGCCGACCGGAUCGCAGUGCCGUUUUUUCCCUCCGCCGACGCGACAAACGACCGGGCAAUUAUUGUCCGAGCGUUGCGACCGCCGUCGCCACCGCCGCAGACUUCACUCCUCUCGCAGUACGUCCGGACGGAACGUUCGUCCGGAGGACCGGGAGGCGUGGUCGGUCCUGAACGGAUCAAGAGAUACCGCAGAUACGCGCACGCGGACCGGGGCUCGAGAGAGAACGCGACUUGCGUUUCGAGGACGGCCUGCGAUUGA